AUGGCAAUCUCAGUUGAAGAGACUUUAGCCGAAUGCCGAGAGGUUUUUUGUUACUUUGAUUCUCGAGGUGAUGAGCGUAUUCAAGUGACACAAGUUGGAGACGUGCUAAGAGCUCUUGGCCAAAACCCCACAGAUAAUGAAAUACAAAAGUAUUGUGCUCAGUGGACAGACCCAGAGACGAGGAUCAAUUUCGAGGACUUUGUGCCCAUUCUACAAUCUGUCAAUAAGAAUAGAGAGAAGCAUUCGGUUGACGAAUUCGUUGAGGGUCUCUCUCAUUUCGAUAAAGAAGGCUCAGGUUUGAUCAAUGUGGCCGAACUUCGUCAUCUUCUCACCACACUUGGUGAACGAUUGUCGGAUGAUGAGGUAGAUGCUCUACUCUCGGGUCACAAUGAUGCUCACGGAAAUGUAAACAUUGCCGAUUUUGUGCGUACUGUGAUGCAUGCU